UUUAACAUUACGUUAAAUUAGAUAAUUAUGUUAAACCAUAAUUUGAGCUAAAAGCUGAAGCAAAAUAAAGCAACAAAAUGCAAUUGAUAAAACGAAAGAAAACAAAUUAACGAAAUGGUCUUUCUGCUGUCACAUACAUUUGCAUGCUUGUGAAGAAAUGACUUGUAUCUCUUUACAUACUGGCCUCAAUAAGUUUAUGUUACUCAUAGUUGGUCUAUGGCCUUAUCAACAGUCUAAACUUGUUCAACUUCAAUUUAUUUUGUUGUAUAGUAUUUUGACAUCAUUUAUCUUACUUCAGUUUACAACAUUGCUGACUUCACACUAUACUCGAGAUCUCCUCAUCAAAAUUCUUGGAUCUGCUUUAUUUUACGUUACCUUAGCAAUUAAAUAUAGUUCAUUUAGUGUUAACAUUGAAAUCGUAAAGUAUUUGCUUGAGCGUCUACAGCAUAUUUGUAACGAGUUAACCGACGAGAAUGAAAUUAAUAUCAUAAAAGAGUAUGCUGUCGUUGCGAAACGUUACACAAUUAUGCUUCUAUUGCUUUUCAUAUUGAUUAUGCUCAUUUUAAUUUCAUAUCCAAUUUGGUUGCACAUUUUUGACAUCUUUCUGUCUAUAAAUGAAACUCGGUUACAUUUUUUGCCGCUGCUUGUGACAGAACACAUUAUCGAUCAUAAAAAAUACUUCUACUUGGUACUUUUCUAUACACAUGCAGCUGUUUUUAUUGGGUUAUUUGUAAUGUUCGCAACAGGAACAAUACUCAUAUUUUAUCUACAACAUGCAUGCGGAAUGUUUCGAAUUGUUUGUUAUCGUAUAACACGUGUAAUGACAUUCAAAACUCUACAAAAGAACAAGCUACAAAAUGAGAAUUUGAUUUACAAAGAAUUAAUUUGUGCCGUCGAUAUGCAUCGCAAAGCUAUAAAAUUUUCUGACUCAGUAGUAUCUAGAUUUAAAGUAAUGUUCUCCUUGUUGAUAAUGGCCGGUCUGAUUUGCGGGUCUCUUAAUGUUUUUCGGAUUUUUCAGAUAACAUCCUUUGAAUAUGAUAUUGAUGAACUUUUGUUACGAAUAACAUUUAUCAUCGUUCACUUGUCUUACAUGUUUAUCGCCAACUAUGUUGCACAAGAAAUUACAGAUCAUAAUAAUCAUGUAUUUGUCUCUGUGUACAACAGUGAGUGGUACGUGGCUCCCUUGCAAAUACAAAAAAUGAUACUGUUCCUUUUGCAAAAAGGUACGAAAGCGUUUACUCUAAAUAUUGCCGGAUUGUUUGUAGGAUCAUUAGAAGGUGCUGCUACGAUUACAACAUUUUUUACUACAGAAUACACACUUCAACUUGCUAUUGAAAUAUUUUCUUUCAUAUUACUUUUUGUUGCAUUUAUAAUUAAAUAUAAUUCCUUUUGGAUUAACAUUCAAAUUGUCAAAUGUUUACUGGAACAAUUGCAACAUAUCUAUACUACUUUAAAAGAUGAAAAUGAAAUUGCCAUUAUAGAAAAAUAUGGACGCAUUGGUAGACGUUUUACCAUUAGAAUAAUGCAGCUUACAUUGUGCGGUGCAUUUUCUCUGUUUUCCUUACCAAUGUGGCCGCGCAUUCUCGAUAUCAUUAUGCCCAUGAAUGAAUCUCGGUCACCUAUUACGAUGCCUAUCGCAACUGAAUACUUUGUCGAUCAGGACAAGUAUUUCUAUUUAAUCUUACUGCACUUAAAUGCAGCUCUUUGUAUAGGAGCAAUUGCAUAUAUAGCAACGGGAACAAUGCUCGUAGGAUAUCUUAAACAUGCUUGUGGAAUGUUUAAGAUCGCCAGCUAUCGUAUCGAACGAGCAAUGAUGAUCAAUAUUUUAGGAAAUAGUAUAGAGAAUGAAAUUACGAUUUAUAAAGCAAUGAUUUAUGCCGUCGAUAUCCAUCGUCAAGCUAUAAAAUUUGCCGAGAUUGUAACAACCAACUUUGAGGGAACAUUUCUCUUUAUAAUCGCAGUUAGUGUGUCUUGCUUGAGUCUCAACCUUUUUCGAAUUUUGCAAAGUUUAGCAUUUGGCAGCCGAAACAUAGAACUUUUAAUGCACUUUUCCAUUGCAGCAAUCAUUCUUGUAUAUGUAUUCAUAGCCAACUAUGCUGGACAAGAAAUUACAGAUCACAAUAAUCAUGUAUUUUCUACUGCAUAUAACGUUCGCUGGUAUACAGCACCGUUAUCCAUACAGAAGCUGAUAUUAUUUGUAUUACAAAGGGGUAGUAAAUCUUUCGGUAUAAACAUCGGCGGAUUGUUUAUAGUAUAUUAA